GUGGUAGCCACAUGUUGCGAUAGGGCAGUUACGACUCUGUUUUCAAGUCUUCUCGUUGGGUUUUAGUGAUGAGCAAGAUGAGUGUUGACAUUUCUCGGUGUUUUUUCGUGCUGCUUUUUCUCAUUCCUGGACGAUCAAGUUUCAGAUAUCCAGUUCCCAAGAUGUCGUCACACUGCGAGUGUCAAUUCGAGGACACCGCGUAUCUGAGCAGUUCCUGCGGGGCUAACGUCACCCUGUUCAUGACGCUGCUCGACAUGAUGAUCCGAUCCCACUGCGACCUAACCGACCCGUGCAACCGAACCCAGUCCCAGGCCAAAAUUCGCGAGGAAGAUACUGUUUUUGAUUUCAUUGUCGUCGGAGGUGGAGUUGCAGGUUCUGUGGUUGCGGGUCGACUGAGCGAGAAUCCAAAAUGGCGGGUGGCGUUACUGGAGGCAGGACCGGAGGAGCCCUCGUCGAGUUCGAUACCGGCCUUUGCAACGUCGGCCAUCGGGACGUCCCUCGACUGGCAGUACAAGACCGAACGCCAGGAGGGCGCGUGUCUCAACCGCAACGGGAUUUGCCGCUGGCCCCGGGGCAAGAUGCUCGCAGGGACAGGCGCCAUGACCGGUAUGAUGUACACGCGAGGACACCCGGAGAUCUUCGACGAUUGGGCACGCCAGGGCAAUCAGGGCUGGAGCUACGAAGAGGUUCUGCCGUACUUCAAGAAAGCCGAGUCUAAUCUUAAUCUGGAUAUCGUCGAUUCAGAGUACCACGGCACCGACGGCCCCAUGAACGUCCAACGCUUCGCACAUCAACCCCCUUUCACCGAAACUUUCCUUGAGGCAGCGAAAGAACUUGGCUUCGCUAUUCAUGAUCUUAAUGGGAAGAAUAUGACAGGGUUCUCAGUGGCACAAUGCAUGGUAAAAGACGGCCUACGAGCAAGUACCUACCGGAUGUACGUGCGACAAUUUUUGAAACAACGACCUAACCUCAAAGUUUUUACGCGCUCCCAGGUGACCAAGAUCCUCAUCAACCCCAUCACUAAACGUGCUUUUGGGGUCCAAUUCAUUCACAACGACCGUCGCCACGUUUUCGUCUUCAAAAGGGAGCUCAUCCUUUCUGCAGGGGCAGUGGGUUCGCCGCACAUCCUGAUGUUAUCGGGGGUGGGUCCUGAGCGAGACCUGAAGGAGGUAGGCAUCACACCGAUCGUGGACCUGAAGGUUGGCGAGAAUCUCCACCACCACGUCUCCGUGGGCAUCAAGAUGUCCAUCGACGAACCCGACUACAACCUUCUCACCCGCAACAACGUCGAGGAGUUCAUGCGCACCCGGAGUGGACCCUUGGCCAGUACCGGCCUCACGCAGACCACCGGAUUCAUCCAAACCAGUUUUGCGAGGAACAACGUGCCGGACGUGCAGAUCUACAUGGACGGGUUCGGGAGCCGUUGUUCGAAGACGGGUCAGGAGGACGAGUGCUCGGAUGGUGAGAGGAAAAGCUCCUGCGGGAACCGACAGUUGUUCGCGCGGCCGACCAACGUCAUGGCUCAGAGCAAGGGAUACCUCAAACUCGUCUCGGCCAACCCCAUGAAGUACCCCGUCAUCCAGCCCAACUACCUUUCCAAUUAUCGCGACGUUGAGGUCCUCAUCGAAGGACUCAGGUUCAUAAUGAAGUUAGCCCGGACGAAGACGAUGCAAGCGAAAGGGAUGCAGGUGGACCGAACGCCGGCGAAGGGCUGCGAGGGCUUCGACUUCGAGAGCUACGCCUACUGGGAGUGCCUCAUCCGGCGGAACACCCUGCCGGAGAACCACCCGGCCGGCUCGUGCAAGAUGGGCCCGGAGGGCGACCCGACGGCCGUCAUCGACCCCGAGCUCCGGGUCCACGGGGUCCCCAACGUCCGCGUCGUCGACGCCUCCUCCUUCCCCUACGUCGCCAACAGCAACCCCAUCGCCAGCAUCAUCAUGCUCGCCGAGAAGGGCGCCGACAUGAUCAAGGAGACCUGGUCCGAGCCCCCCAAGGCCGCGUAGCCGCCCCUUCCCAGGGAUUCCUCGUUUUCCCCAGUGGUAUCAGAGUCCCUUUACAGAGAGUGUUAAGAUGAUUCGUCAAGCAGGAGUGACGUGGUCG